CGCAUCCGAACAAUUCAAACAAACGAAAUUCCCGUGAAAAAAAAUUAAGAAAUAAUAAAAAAAAAAAAAUAAAACAAACAAACAAAAAAUAACAUACAAGCCUCUACAACUGACAGAUCCUCCCAAAACAACCAACCCAACCAAGCAAACCCCAAAAACCAUAAAUAAAUAACAAAUAAUAAGAGGAAUUCUUGGGAAGGAAAAUCAGCGCAAAGUUUCUUUUUAUUAUCGUCCUUGUUCUUGUUAUUCCUCUUCGUUAUCUCUCUCUCUCCCUCCCCCCUCCUUCGCCAUGGGUUGCCUGCACACCAAAGGGAGCAAAGAAGGGAGGAAAUACCAAGAGGAGGAGGAGAAUGAGGGACCAAAGACGUAUUCUUGGGACAAGAAGGAGAAGGUCAACCCAGCGGACUAUACAAUCGAGAACAUUAGUAAUGAGGAAGUAGGACGACUUCCAGGCACCAUAAACGGACAGCAGUUUAUCAUUCAAAACUGCCAGUCAUCAAAAAUUUACCUUUUUGACUUCAUCAACACCAUUACUGUAGAUGACUGCUCGGACUGCGUCAUAUUCAUUGGGCCAACGACUGGAAGUGUGUUCCUAAGAGACUGCCAGGACUGUGUCGUGAUGGCUGCUUGUGGACAAUUCAGGACCAGAGAUUGCUGCAAGAUGGAUAUUUUCCUUCUCUGCCAGACACAGCCUAUCAUCGAAGCCUCGGCCAAGAUGAGAUUUGGCUGCUUCCAAGCCUCCUAUCCUCAGCUCAAAGAUCACUUCAAAGGCGCUGGACUGAGCAUCUUCAAUAACAACUGGUCCAACAUACACGAUUUCACGCCUGUUGAAGGAGAGACCAACUGGUCCUGUUCCUCCCAGUCAGAUGCCCUGGAACAAGCCUUCAAGCUGCCUGAAACAGAGGAGCUGAAGAGUGUUGAACUGAUGCUGGGAACUGAAACGAGUGUUGUGCCGUUCACUCUUGGCUCACCAAUGUAUGGGGGACAGGAAGCCACGCUUGUUAUUUUCUUCUUUGAUGAAACCUACCAGCAAAAAGCUAUGGAUUUCAUUAGCUCUCUGAAAUCAAAGAUUCAAAGUUGCAGGAUCCAGCACAGCCGUGAGGUUAAAAUGGAGAUAUCUGAUGCCCAGAGAGUGUUCCAGACAUCUCAGUACAAGAGUGCAAUUAGCCGAGGACCCAUCAUUGCACUACUGUGUCUCGGCAGUGGGAUAUCAGAAGCAUGUAGCAAGAUCGGGCAGGAAUUGAAUGCAAAUGCUGAGGACCAGGUGGUGUACGUGACUGCAGACAGCAACACCAGCAAUCAGCAGAUUGAUGCUUUCUUUUCCUAUGCUUCAAUGACCCUUUCCAUGUAAGACUUACAAGCAGGAACUCCGAACUCUGGAAGCUAUACGUAUUAUGUUCCCCCAAUGGGAAGUGACGAUGUUUGGAAAAAAGAUUCUUUAUGUGGUUUCUUGGUGAAGUGUCCCUUGAAGUGUCUUUUUCAAAUUACAAAUCUGAUUAUGGGAUAAUAACAUUCCAGUUACAUUCCUUGUGAAUUAUUUUAUCAAAGCAUUUUAAUACUUUCUUUUCUGUUUUCCAGUUUUCAUUAUUUAUUUUUUGUGAUAAAAAUAUGUAAUGGGAAUUUUGUACAAAGGAUGGACAUCUUAAGUAUGCAUUUUGGGUAUACUGUAUGUACCUAUAGGUUUUAUUUAUUUGUAUAUUAUUGCAAUAUUUGAUGUUAUUUUAGAUAUACAUUUAGUAUUUACUUUGUAGGAAGUAUCUAUAAGCAGUCAUAAAGAAUUCAAAGCCAUAGUGAUGAACAUCUAGUCAUUCCUAAUUUAAAGACAACUGAUUAAAAGAGAUUUAUGUAGGGAUAAAGGUAUUUAGAAAGUUUGAGUUUUCUCAUGUAAUAAAACAAAACAGUAGUGAUGGGUUUAAGCCUCUGGUUGUGAACACUAAUUAUUAGUGAAGUGAAAGCAAUUAUAAUUAGAAUAGUGGCUCUGUGUUGUAUUCCUUUUAGUGAUUUUAGAAGUGAUUCGUUUACAUGUUCAGGAAGCCUAUUAGGAAAGAGUGUUGGAUAUAUUCUAAAAGGAAGAAUAGAGACUGAAGAAUGUUCUGAAUAUCAGGAAUCUGACUUUUUUUUCUUAAAAUAAGUAAUUAUGGCAUUAGAAUAAAAGAAAAUUUAUGAUGUUAAAUGGGGAGAGAAAGACCCUGGUCAUUUAUACAAACAUAAACAAGAAAAAUUAAAUCCUAUACUCAAGUAAAAGCUCUCCAAAGUCAUCCCAAACACUCAUAUUUAUGUUUUUAGUGAAAAACAAUAAUCAGCAUGUCCAGAAUUAAAAACGUGGGAAACAAGACCCCCCUAGCUUUUCCAACGUACAUCCUGUGUAGGGACCUUACUCCUAACCCAGGUACAACACCAAGAGUGCUACUGUUACUCCCCAUUGCCAUUGGGUUAAUUGUAUUGAAAUAUAUUAUGUGAUUGUUUUUUAUAUGUUGGUUUUACAAGUCUGAAAUAGUAAUAUGGUAGUGUUAGUAUUCUGUAAUAUUACAUUUGAUGUAUCAUUUCCAGACUGAUCCACUUUGCACUAAAAUACCAAUUAUGCUAUAAGAAAUGUAUGAAUGGAUGCCUGAAGCCGCAGCACAAGAAAUGCAAUUAUACAAUUCAAAUGAAAGACAGAAAAAAAAUGUUGUACAUCUAUUAGUGCUUGUUUUGUGUCAAAUAUCUAGUCAAAUUAGUAGACAUCUUUUAUAUGUUUAUGUAUUGUGCAAUAUUGGUAUAUAAUAAGUUUAUACAGGUUUAUGUACUUCAGUGUAGUUCCCAAGCAGUUUAGUAUGUGGUGUGAUACUUGUACACAACUAAAUGUCAUGGUUCACAGCUUUGGCAUUAGGGUAGUAAACUGCUUAAUAGUUUACCUUGCAAUACCCUUGGCAUUUCCUUGACAUAAAGAAAAGCGGUCUGAUCAUUAUACAUGAGAAAAGAUGUGAAUGUGAAUGAAUAAUUCCACAGUGUAAGAUCUGUAAUUACCAUUUCAUAUUACAUCUAUGAAAACCAGAAUGACUCUUUCCUCUCAAAAUAAAAUGUGGAAUUCAUCAUUCUCUUUCAUACAUUUUUCAGAAUUUCUCACAAUGAAUUUUCUUAUAUUCACACGUUUUACGUACUCAUGUAUUAAUGUUUAAGAUUUGUUGUAUAUAGGUUUCAGACCCAGCAUUUCCAAACAGUUUAGCUUUCCAUAACGAUAACCAACAUUGCAAUAUUAAAUUUUCUCCAAUUCCUGAGUUUUAGAGGCUUAAGGCACAACAAGAGUUAUUUCAACAAUGCUAGUCUUAUUGUGUGAUUCUAAUUAUCCGUCCAAAAUGUGAUUGUAGUUAGCUGCACAAACUUUAUUUUUUAUAUGAAGUUAUUUUAUAUGUGUAUGUUUUCUAUAUGUGAACCAAAAAUAUUAUACAUAUAUAUAUAGUGUGAAGUUAUUCACCUGCCUGUAAAAUUAGCACAUUCCUUUAACAUUGUACUU